AUGCUAGCAACAUCCCCAUCCCCUAAUCUCCCACCAAAGACCGCCCUUGAGUCGGGUGUUGUCGUAUACGCCUCCUCGAGUCGGCCCCAGUAUGACCACUCGACGAUUAAGCCUGUCAACCCUCGCACUACCACGGUGGAACAGGCCAACACAACCCGAAAACGGCCUCCCUCUCACGAUCUGGACCUUCACAAGCCCCACAGGAUACCUAGUACGCGGUCUCUCGAUCGCUACAAAUACUCUCCCCGGCCUCAACCCCGCGCGAAAAUGGUUGAUGCCGCGACACAAUACUCGCCACCAAACCAACAGAAAGCUGAAAAGACUCCGACCAGUACAAUUGCAGGCCUGCACCUGUCGGAAGGCGAGGAGCAACCACCCUCCACGGCUCCCCUCCCCUCAGCCGCUAAGCGACGUGAUGGCACAGCUACUAAUCCUCCCCAACCGGAGAGUUCCUCGAGUUUAGGCCACACGAAGAGAAUGGCCGCUGAACCCCCUGCCGAGCCAGAAGUCCGCACAAACGGGGUCGAGUCUGAAGAGGCGCAGAGCACACAGCAAUCCCCCGUGAAAAAGGCACGUCCGGAUGCCCCACCGGUACGAAUAAUGCCCCUACGAUAUGAGACCUGCAACACCCGGGAUUUGGUGUUAUUGAUAUCCUCGAUGUUGAUGGAGCUCAUCCGCUACAACGAUGCCAUUCCCCUGCGAGAAGGCCAGCUGACCCGCUUUCACUCACGAGCUCCUCCAGGCAUUUCGGUUCUGGACUACCUUCAACGAUUGACCACUCACGCCACCUUAUCUCCACCUAUACUGCUCAGCGUCGUCUAUUACAUCGACCGCCUCUGUGCGCUUUAUCCGGCUUUCACCAUCAGCUCCCUCACGGUACAUCGAUUCUUGAUAACAAGCGCGACGGUUGCAAGCAAAGGUUUGAGCGACUCCUUUUGGACUAACAAAACGUACGCCAGGGUGGGCGGCGUGAGCAUGAAGGAACUCGCGCUGCUGGAACUGGAAUUCCUUACCCGGAUGGAGUGGCGCAUCGUACCGAAACCGGAGGUCUUGGUGGACUACUAUAAGUCGCUGAUCGCGCGAAACUCUCAGUAUCAGCUUGAGGGUACAUAG